CAAGGUUCUCAGGAGCGGGCGGCGGAAAAGACGUUAGCGGGUGGAGUGAGCGGCUGUUGGGAGAACCGAUUCACAGAACCUGUCUCUUCCAAAGCCCGGGCCAUAGCGGGGACUGACUUCCUCCCCGCCACGCCGGGGGCGCGGGCCACAAGGGGCGCAGUGCUGAUGGUGACGGCCCGCCGAGCCCACCCGGACAGGACAGCGGAGGAGGAGUCAGGGGCCACCACCCGUUGGCCCCGCCCUUUCCUGAACGCCUAGGGGGUCGCAGCGCAUCCGCCCGGAGCUUGUCGGGUGAGGGGGUCGCCAUGGCGAUGCGGCCCCCGGGCGCGUAGGCCAGCAGCGGUUGGCAUGGAAGCGGCCCCCCGCGAGGCCCGGGAGCUCCGCUGAUUGGCUGAUUCAACAGACGCAGUGAGGGGCAGCCUGUGAAGACUGAGGCUAUGCAUCUCAGCAGCUCCAAGACUGGAGUAGUCCUGGCUCCAGUGUCCCGAGGUCCUGAUACCUGUCAGAUGAUAACCAGAGCCCAGCUGGGUCAGGAUCCCCCACAAAGAACAGUGUUAGGUGUGCUAACUGAGAAUGGGCAAUACAGGAGGACCUGUGGCCAGGGGAUCACAACAAUCAGGUGUUUCUCUGGAUCAGAAAAUGUCUUUCCUGAAGCCGGAAAGAAAGCUGUUUCUGACUGUGGGGUGCCCGUGCCAGCCAAGGCAGGAUUUGAUAUCUACAUGGAUGAGCCUGAGCCAGAGGACAGAAACAGCUACACAGGAAGAGAGGGGAUGGCAUUUGAGGAUGUGUAUGAAGUAGAUGCCAGCACACUCAAGUCAGACCUUCACUUCCUGCUGGAUUUUAGCACAGUUUCCCCUAUGCUGGUAGAUUCAUCUCUCCAUUCCCAGUCUGAAGAAGCAUCCAGUUUUGGUACAGACGUGAUAAAUGUGACUGAAUAUGCUGAAGAAAUUCACCAGUAUCUUAGAGAAGCUGAAAUAAAAUACAGGCCCAAAGUACACUACAUGAGGAAACAACCAGACAUCACAGACGGCAUGCGAACGAUUCUGGUGGACUGGCUGGUUGAGGUUGGAGAAGAAUAUAAACUUCGAGCCGAGACACUCUAUCUGGCUGUCAACUUCCUGGACAGGUUUCUUUCAUGCAUGUCUGUUCUGAGAGGGAAACUGCAGCUUGUAGGGACAGCAGCUAUUCUUUUGGCUUCGAAAUAUGAAGAAAUAUAUCCACCCGAAGUAGACGAGUUUGUCUAUAUCACUGAUGAUACUUACACAAAACGACAACUGUUAAGAAUGGAACACCUGCUACUGAAAGUCCUAACUUUUGAUCUGACGGUGCCAACUACCAAUCAGUUUCUCCUUCAGUACUUAAGGAGGCAAGGAGUGUGCAUCCGAACUGAGAACCUGGCUAAGUAUGUAGCAGAACUGAGUCUACUUGAAGCUGACCCAUUUUUGAAAUAUCUUCCUUCAUUGAUAGCUGCAGCAGCGUAUUGCCUGGCAAACUAUACUGUGAACAGGCACUUCUGGCCAGAAACCCUUGCUGCAUUUACAGGCUAUUCAUUAAGUGAAAUUGUGCCUUGCCUGAGUGAACUACAUAAAGCAUGCCUUGAUAUACCCCAUCGACCUCAGCAAGCAAUUAGGGAGAAGUAUAAGGCUUCAAAGUACAUGCACGUGUCUCUCAUGGAACCACCUGCAGCUCUUCCUCUACAAUAAGUUGCAGAACGGAGGCACUUUCGGAACUUAAUCUACAGAUCAACAGACUUGGACCUAAUUUUUAUAGGCUUCAGCAGUUUGGAUCAACUAGUGUUGCUACAAUAUAGAUGAUAUAUUUUUAAAAAUGUGAAUGUAUUUAGGUUCUUUUAGAUUUAGUAGGUUGUAAAAUAGUCUAACAUUUAAAAAAGAAUAAACAACUUGUCUUAUGAC